AUGCAGGGCUUGAAGGCUCGGAUCCUGGCCUCCUUCACCGUGCUGUCUCUUGUCUACUGUGGUGGCGUCGUCUCCACCUUUCUUUCUUUAGAACGGGUUUAUCCGCCGAGUCACCAAGUACAGAUCGAGCAGCUCCGAGCUCGUGACCGAGUCAGGCAGGCCCGACUCUUGCAAAACGUGGCGGGCGGCGUUGUGGACUUCCCAGUCCAUGGCUACGCCGAACCAAACCUGGCCGGGCUUUAUUAUACCAAAGUCAAAUUGGGCUCUCCGCCAAAAGAAUUCAACGUGCAGAUUGACACUGGAAGUGAAAGGUUGUGGGUUGCCUGCAAUUCCUGCAGUGAUUGCCCCCGGUCUACUUGGCUUCCCAUUCAGCUCAGUUCCUAUGAUUCUGCCAGCUCAUCAACUGCACGGUUGAUCCCCUGUUCAAUGUGCACCUCCGCAUUUCAAGCCAAAUGUUCUCCUCAGACUAACCAGUGCAGUUACAGUAUUCAAUAUGCAGAUGGAAGUGGGGCACUUGGUCAUUACGUAUCGGAUACACUACAUUUUGACCGGAUUCAGGGGCAAUCCUAUAUUGACUCUUCAGCAGCCAUUAUUUUUGGGUGCACUACCUAUGAGUCUGUGGGUCUUACUAGUUCAAUUGAAACACUGGAUGGGAUAUUAGGGUUUAGCCAAGGGCCUCUGUCUGUUAUAUCGCAGUUGUCAUCUCGAGGGUUGACUCCCAAAGUGUUCUCUCAUUGUUUGAAGGGAGAUGAAAAAGGAGGGGGUACACUUGCUCUUGGUGAGAUUUUGGAGCCAAGUAUUGUUUACAGUCCUCUUGUUCCACCACGGCACCAUUAUUAUUUAAAUCUGCAGACCAUUGCCGUCAAUGGGAAAAUCUUGCCAAUUGAUCCAGCAGCCUUCACAUCACACGAGGGAGGAACUAUUAUCGAUUCAGGAACAACAUUGGCAUACCUUGUUGAAGAAGCUUACGUUCCUUUUGUUCGUGCGAUAACUUCAGCUGUUUCACCAUCUUUGACUCCCUUCAUUUCAGACGGAAACCAGUGUUAUCAUGUAACCACUAGUUUGGCUGAGGUUUUUCCUACAGUUAAUCUAAACUUUGCUGAUGCAUCAAUGGUGUUGAAACCAGAAGAGUACCUUACAAGUAUUGUAGGCAUUAGUGCGUGGUGCAUUGGUUUUCAGAAGGCUCAGGGACGGGUGACAAUUUUAGGAGAUCUUGUUUUAAAAGAUAAGAUAAUUGUGUACGAUUUAGCUCGUCAACGGAUUGGAUGGGCCAACUAUGAUUGCUCAUCACCUGUAAAUGUCUCCAUACCUGCUAAUUAUGCUCCACACCGGAGUGAAAGCAGAUCAUCAUCAGGAGGCUUGCUACUGAGCGUGCUAACAACAGGAUUUGUAGUGAUGUACUUGUUGGCAUGA